AUGCUAGCGGCAGGAGAGGAAGAUCUCUGGAUGGGAUCCGCCGCACACCAACAGCACCGACAGCAGCAACAAGUCCCGACAAAUAAGAGCGCAUGGAUCCCAGCCGAAACAUUUUCUGAACCACAGUGUUUUCUUCCAAUAAAAGAUUGCAAUAUUUCAUUUAUUUUUCAACAAAAUAACAUUUAUUUAUUGCAUUUUAUAUUAUUUCCAGGUUAUGAAGUUUUUGGCAUGGAACAUCUCCCUAAAGGACCAGUGCUUAUUAUCUUUUAUCACCCAGUUUCUACUAUUGACUAUUUCUUCCUUAUCGCUAGACUUUUCAAGGAGACAGGAAGAGAGUGCUUUUCAAUAUGUGAUCAUAGCAUAUAUCGGUUUCCAGGGUGGAAGACGGCCUUAAAUGCGGCUGGGGUGAAAGAUUUCAAUAAAGCUGAAUGUGUGGAAAUUUUGAAGAAAGGCCAUUCACUGGGCAUUCCCCCUGGUGGAGCUAGAGAAGGAAACUUCAGUACUGACUACAACAUAAUGUGGGGUAACCGCACAGGUUUCGCUCGGAUAGCUUUGGAGGCAAAAGUGCCCAUCAUCCCUAUAUUUACACAAAAUAUUUGUGAAGCAUACAGGAACAUUGGAAAGUCAAGGCUGACAAGAUGGUUUUAUGAGAAAACACGAUUUUUCUACCUUCCCGUAUAUGGGCCAUUUCCAGUGAAACUGAGGACAUAUAUUGGAGAACCCAUCCCAUAUGAUCCAAAUAUAACAGCUGCAGAGCUGGCUGAAAAAACAAAGACUGCAAUUGAAAAUCUUCGGGAUAAACACCAAAAAAGGCCAGGAAAUAUAUUAAGAGCUAUUUCAGAACGAUUUGAUAAGCAUUACAAAGCUGACUAGUCCAUAUAAAGCAGUUGUAAUGUUUAUGAUCAUGCAUCUGUAAUAGAAAACUUUCAUUAUUAUGUAAUUAAAGCUAAGUUAAGAUACACAGAAUUGUGCUGGAUUGUAUAUUAAUUAUUGUGAAGGGUCAUUAGCUCAUUAGCUCAGCCCUUGGUGUACAUGCUGAAGAGCCUAAGUGCCUUCUUGUCCUAUCCUGCAAAACUCCCAGAAUUCCCCUUUUGGAGACUUACACUGGUAGCACCAGAAUCAAAGAGUGUAACGGGAAGGUGAGUAUUUAAUUGAACCUUGAAAUAAUGCUAUAUCUGAAAGAGUAAUGUCUACAAAUCUUCUGUAUCAAAACAGUGACACUUCUUUUAUGUGUAUAAAAGGCUGUUCCAAGAUCCGAGCCCUGUAAAGCCUCUCCUCCAUCCGGAGGGGAGGGGUUGUGAGCGGGAGACGAUUCCCGUGUCACGCAGGGGGCAUUUUGCCCCCUGCACUCUCAUCAUUGCUGGCGCGCCACGCCUCCCAGUUGGGCACCCAAUCAGGGGCCACCGCAGGGGCAUUGUUUAGCCACUCAAAUGCGGCCGCGCCAGCUCUCCCCACCAUUGCGCUUCAGAUUU